AUGAACGGCCGUGCCCUGCCGCCAUCAAUACCUGAGGAUGGCGAAGCCCCAGAUCACAUACAUCAAGGAGAGCUGAAUGGCUACCACCAGAGGUUUCAGAGUGGUGAUGGCGGAGAGGAUGAGGUCCCUGUGUCCAAGUCCCAAAGACGAAAGAGUGACGUCAAAGUCUAUAAGGAGUUUUGUGACUUUUAUGCUCGCUUCAACAUGGCCAACGCACUGGCCAAUGCCAUGUGUGAGCGCUGCAAGAGUGGCUUUGCCCCGGCCGAGAAAAUAGUGAACAGCAACGGGGAGCUCUACCACGAGCAGUGCUUUGUCUGCGCCCAGUGUUUCCAGCAGUUCCCAGAGGGGCUCUUCUACGAGUUCGAAGGACGGAAGUACUGUGAGCAUGACUUCCAGAUGCUGUUUGCUCCUUGUUGUCACCAGUGUGGUGAGUUCAUUAUUGGACGGGUGAUCAAGGCGAUGAACAACAGCUGGCAUCCGGACUGCUUCUGCUGCGAUCUCUGCCAGGCUGUGCUCGCUGAUGUUGGAUUUGUUAAAAAUGCCGGACGGCACCUGUGCCGCCCGUGUCACAACAAAGAGAAAGCCCGGGGCCUGGGAAAGUACAUCUGUCAGAAGUGUCACGCCAUCAUCGAUGAGCAGCCCUUGUUGUUUAAGAAUGACCCCUACCAUCCUGAUCACUUCAACUGCAACAACUGCGGUAAAGAGCUGACGGCUGAUGCCCGGGAACUGAAGGGAGAACUCUACUGUCUGCCAUGCCACGACAAGAUGGGGGUGCCCAUCUGUGGGGCCUGUAGGAGACCCAUCGAGGGACGCGUGGUCAACGCCAUGGGAAAGCAGUGGCAUGUGGAGCAUCAUGUGUGUACUGUGUGUGAGCGCCCGUUUCAGGGCCACCCAUUUUAUGAACGAGGCGGCCGUGCCUAUUGUGAGAGACAUUUUGACAUGCAUUUUGUGUGUGCUAAGUGUGAGAAACCCUUCCUGGGACACCGUCACUACGAGCGCAAGGGCCUGGCCUACUGCGAAACGCACUACAACCAGCUGUUUGGAGAUGUCUGCUACCACUGCAACCGCGUCAUUGAAGGAGAUGUGGUGUCAGCCCUUAACAAGGCUUGGUGUGUCAACUGUUUUGCCUGCUCUACCUGCAAUACAAAGCUCACCCUCAAGGAUAAGUUUGUGGAGGUGGAUCUGAAACCGGUGUGUAAACACUGCUAUGAACGCCUCCCAGAUGACAUGAAGCGGCGGCUGGCCAAGCGCGAACGUGAUUCCAAAGAAAAAAAGAAGAAGUUGAACAAGUUUGUGGAGUUUGACAUGAAACCCGUGUGCAAGAAGUGCUAUGAGAAGUUUCCCCUGGAGCUGAAGAAAAGGCUGAAGAAGCUAUCUGAAACUGUUGCACGGAAAUAAAGCCCAGCAAGCAGCUUGAGAGGAAAAAAGAAGCUGGUGGGGUGGCCAUUCUCGUGCCCACCACUAUCAUUUCAGAUGGAAUGAAUGUGGUUUUUGUUACAUUUAGGUUUGCAUCACUUAUAGUCCUGCCGUUCACUGCUGGAAAGCGCUGCCUGAACUUUAUAUUCCUGAAACUGAUGGCUUGAAAGUUUAGUCAGGACAUAGAAAUUUAGCCUGAGUGCCUUUUUCGUAAAUGCUGCACUGUUUUUCAUAUAUAUAUAUAUAUUUGCUUAUGUCACUGCUUGAUCGAUAAUAUGUAUAAGUAUAUGAUAAUGGUCCUAUAUUUAAUAACAUUUGGUCUUUAAUAGGUAAAAUUAAAUAUAAACUGUCUGGAAAAAUUAACCAAAAAAAACAACUCUUUCACUUAUAUUACUGCUACAUUUCUAUAUGAAUUAACUGAGCUAAAGGAAAACCAGGAGAUUGUAUUGUUUGUAUUGUUAUAUUGAACAUAUACACACCGCCUAAUGUUUUCUUCCAGCAUUUGUUGUAUAAUGAGUUUGUAUUUUCUUUAAUAAUGCAAAACCAUGCAGUUUGGCUCUUUUAAGUUACAAAUAAUUUUUGCAUCAGUAAUUUAUGCUGUUGUGUCUUGUGUUACAAUAAAGGAACCAUCUACCACAUGUUUGUUUAUCUUGUUACAGGAUAUAGCAGACCUAUGUAACACUAUGUGCCAAUAGGUGCAUCCUAGUAUGAAGCCACCAGUUAAUUUUUUUCAGAUUUAUAUAAAUUAACAGAAAUCAUCAAAUUUAGCUCUGAAAUAAAUAUCUAUUUUAUACUAC